AUGAAAUCAAUCUCUUCCUUAGCUUCACUUCUUAUCAUUUGUGCUCUAUCAGUUUCAACAUAUCCAUGUUUUGCUGAGAAUGGCAUUGGUUUCUUCUACAUUGUUCUUCAGUGGCCAGGGUCAUAUUGUAAUACAAAGCAGGGCUGUUGCUAUCCCAAAAAUGGAAAACCUGCAAAUGAUUUCAGCAUAGGUGGACUAUGGCCCUUUUACUUCAAUGGCACAUUCCCAACCUAUUGCAAUCCUCACAGCAGUUUUAAUUUGUCUAAGAUUUCAGACCUGACCAAGAUAAUGCAACAAAAUUGGCCAUCACUCGCCUGUCCAAGGAGUGACAGUAAAAGCUUGUGGUCACGUGAAUGGCAGAAAUAUGGGACCUGUUCAGAAUCUCUACUCAAUCAGCAUCAGUACUUUGAGGCAGCACUCAAUCUCAAGGAAAAAAUUCACCUACUAAAGAUACUUAAUUAA